GGAUGGGACGGGGUGCAAUGGCCAUGUCAACAGUGUGGAAUGUCCCAGGAGUUGACAGAGAGAGACGUGUUGGGAAGUGUUCCUGUUCUGGCUCAUCUCUGUUAUCUGCUGGCGGACACACUGAGCACUCCCCUCCUAGGGCCCGGAGUAAUUCCACCACCACCACCACCACCACCACCACCACCACCACCACCACCACCACCACCAGGGAAACAGAACUGUGGAAAGGGGCGCAGGGGGAAAGCAUCCAUGGAGGACCCACUGGGUAGGGUCAAAGGCUGAGCCAGUGGGGGGCUGGGAUCAGGUUUACUGACCGGCCGACCACAAAGGAGUUGAAGGGGUCCCGUCAUGAGUGACGACAGCUCAGGUGUAUUUGGUUCGCGUGGAGAGCGAUCCGACGGAGCCGGGGAGGCCAGCGGAGGCAGCAGUGGAAGCCAACCGGCCGGCGGUCCGGAUCCAGAGAGGCAGAGCCCUCACCACAGGGGGAACUCGAGCCCAGAGAGCGCAGGGACAACCGGGCGCAUGGAACGGCUGGCCGGGAGGAAAGUGACCGGGAAGGCCUGCAACGUGGACCGACGAGAGAGGGGGGGGUUCGCUCGGAUCGAGGGCAGAGAGGAGAGGACCGUAGCAGGCAGGAGCGGGGAGAGUGUGGGGAGGCUCAGGGGGGGCGAGGGAGACGGGGAGAGGAGCGGCAGGGAAAGGACGGGGAGAACAGAGGCGUUUAAAACCGCCGCGCACGACGAAGGGCGAAGCGGGAGCCCGUCUACUCAUUCGUACGCUGGCAUCCUGCAGCCCGGUGGGAUGGGAGGGAGAGCACGUUCCGAUGGGCCCCGGGCAUGGAUGACCUCCUCCACCCCAACCACCAGCUCGCGGCCAGCCCCAGGCCCCAAGUCCACCGCCGCCCUCCAGCGCCCUCCAAUCAGAAUCUGGGCGACGCCUCCACAUCCUCCUCCGCCACAACAGAGGUCCUCCCAGAGGCCCGCUCACAAAGCAGACCCGCUCCACCGCACGCCACGUACACCCGCCAGAGAACCAGACCCGCCGUGGAGGUUAGAGGCCAGGCCGAGGUCGAGGUCAGGGGCCGGGCGGAACCGUCUGCCCUCGGGCCGCCGGACACUGCCGGGAGACGAGGAUGAUGAAGACAUGCAGGAGGGAGAGAGAGGAGAGGAAGGGGUAGGGGAAGAGGAGGCCGGGUCUUGGGCCGGGGCCGGGGGAAAUGGUGUGGCGGCGGUGAUUAGUCCUGCCCUCGCACCAGCAGCGCUGACUUGUUCCUCCGUCGUCGAGAGCGACAGGAGCAGGAGUAGGAGGGAGAAGAACAGGGCGAGGAGCCAGAGGAGGAGGCAACGGAGGAGGGAGAUUUGGAGACAGAGCCGGCAGCAGGACAGCAGACAGAGCUCCACAAGCAGCAGCAGUAGCAGCAAUGGUGAGGAAGAGGAGGAGGAGGAGGAGGAGGAAGGAGGUACGAGGAACAGUGAAGGCCUCAUAUGUGCUGUGUGCUUGGACGUGUACUUCAGCCCGUACACGUGUCACCCAUGCACCCACGUCUUCUGUGAACCCUGCCUGAGGACUCUGGCUAAGGGCAGUCCUGCCAACACCCCCUGCCCCCUCUGCAGGACCACCAUCACUCAUGUCUUCUUCCAGAAAGAGCUCAAUCAAACAGUGAAGACAUUAUUCCCCAUGGAAUACCUCUCCCGGAAACAGAACUUUCAGAGGGCCAGUUGUGCCAAGUGGCCCCUUCCGAGCACAAGGAAGCUGUUCCGGAUUUUUGGAGGCAAGUUAACCAAUCACUUGAACUGUUAUAAUAUUCCACAAGCGAACACAGCGAUGUGAAAUCGUUAAACACCAAUUUGUGUUGGGUGUUUUAAGUGUUUAAGAAAUGUUAAAGAUGGAGUCUCAAGAUAUUCUCGGGGCGUCAUGAAUAUUGACAU